AUGGUUUCGACAGCAACAGCAGCAGCAGCCGCAACUACAACCUUGGGCUCAUCAGCUUCUUUAAACAGGCCUGGUAGGAAGCCCAACAUCAACUGCUCUCUCCAAACUCCUUCCCUUCUCCAUUUCCCGAAACAAUCCACUACAUACACACCAUCUACUACUAUUUCCAAUCCCACCACCAGACACCCAAAACAAAACAGUCCCUCUCCUGUUGUGGUUGUGCCCCAAGAACAACAGCAAAAGCAAUGGAAUUUCUUACAAAAAGCAGCAUCUAUGGCUUUAGAUGCUGUUGAAAAUGCUUUAGUAUCACAUGAACGUCAACACCCUUUGCCCAAAACAGCUGACCCCAGAGUACAAAUCUCUGGCAACUUCGCUCCGGUACCGGAACAACCUGUCGUUCACACUUUACCGGUCACCGGAAAAAUCCCAGAUAGCAUUCAGGGUGUUUAUCUAAGAAACGGAGCCAAUCCACUUCAUGAGCCAGUAGCUGGUCACCAUUUCUUCGAUGGUGAUGGCAUGGUUCAUGCUGUUCAAUUCAACGAGGGCUCUGUCAGCUAUUCUAGCAGGUUCACUGAGACUAAUAGGCUUGUUCAAGAACGUGAAUUGGGACGUCCUUUAUUCCCAAAAGCCAUAGGUGAGCUACAUGGUCAUUCAGGCAUAGCUAGGCUCAUGCUUUUUUAUGCCCGUGGAGCUUUUGGUAUUGUUGAUCCUAGCCAUGGCACUGGUGUUGCAAACGCUGGUCUUGUUUACUUUGAUGGUCACUUGCUGGCAAUGUCUGAAGAUGAUUUGCCUUACCAUGUUUGUGUGCUGCCCUCUGGUGACCUUAAGACAGUUGGUCGUUAUGAUUUUGAUGGCCAGCUUAAGACCACAAUGAUUGCUCAUCCAAAAGUUGAUCCAGUUUCAGGUGAAUUGUUUGCACUCAGUUAUGAUGUUGUUCAAAAGCCUUACCUCAAGUACUUCAGAUUCUCCCCAGAUGGUAAAAAGUCACCUGAUGUUGAAAUCCCACUUGACCAACCUACUAUGAUGCAUGAUUUUGCAAUCACAGAGAGGUUUGUUGUGGUUCCUGAUCAGCAAGUUGUGUUCAAAUUGCCCGAAAUGAUUCGGGGAGGGUCUCCGGUGAUUUAUGACAAGAAAAAGAUGGCAAGGUUUGGGAUUUUGGACAAGAAUGCCACUAAUGCCUCCAAUAUGAGGUGGAUUGAAGCACCUGACUGCUUCUGUUUCCAUCUUUGGAAUGCUUGGGAGGAGCCUGAGACAGAUGAGGUUGUUGUGAUUGGAUCAUGUAUGACCCCACCAGACUCCAUUUUCAAUGAAUGUGAUGAGAGUUUGGAAAGUGUGUUAUCAGAAAUUAGGCUCAAUUUGAAGACGGGCAAGUCAACUCGCCGACCAAUCAUGUCUGAAGCUGAUCAGGUCAAUUUAGAAGCUGGAAUGGUGAACCGAAACUUGCUCGGUCGAAAGACCCAGUUCGCUUACUUAGCACUCGCUGAGCCAUGGCCUAAAGUUUCAGGUUUUGCUAAAGUAGACCUCUCAACUGGGGAGGUAUACAAGUACAUUUAUGGAGACCAGAAAUUUGGCGGAGAGCCUUUGUUUCUUCCUCGAGACCCCAAUUCAGAGAGGGAAGAUGAUGGGUACAUUUUAGCUUUCGUGCAUGACGAGAAGGAGUGGAAAUCGGAGCUACAAAUUGUGAAUGCAAUGAAUUUGAAGUUGGAAGCCACAGUUAAGCUUCCAUCUAGAGUUCCUUAUGGUUUUCAUGGCACAUUUAUUGGUGCCAAGGAUUUGGAGAAGCAGGCCUAG